AUGAGCUGGAGGAGUGACUACUGCAAGCAGAAUUGUCUCCCAGCGGCCACCAAGAUUGAACUGAUCUCUCCAUACCAAAUGUUGGAAGAAGAAGAGACAGUCUAUCAAUUGGUUGGUUCAGUAUGGCAUGAUGAGGACGGAGGUGGUAUUGCUGAGAAAAUACACCACCUAUACCGGGAUUGGGCUGAUGUGUUCAGUCAAGAGAAGAUUGAGGAAAUGCCGCCGCAUUCCCAUAAUGAUUUGAAGAUCAAACUCUUGCCUGGCACCGCUCCCCCAUUUGGCCCGCUGUACCCAUGUUCCGCUCCAGAGUUGAAGGCCCUCCGAGAAUACCUGGACAAAGAAUUGUCUUCAGGAAAGAUCUCUAGAUCUAACAGCCCUGCUGCGGCGCCCAUACUGUUCAUUCCUAAGAAGGAUGGGACAUUGCAGAUUUGUGUGGACUACAGAGGAUUGAACAAGGUCAUUGUCAAGGACAAGUACCCGUUGCCUAUCAUGAGUGAGCUCAGAGAUAGGUUGUUCAAGGCCAAAAUCUUCACAAAGAUAGGCCUGAAGAACGGCUUCAAUUUGAUCAGGAUAGCAGAAGGUGAUGAGUGA